AUGGGGGCUUGCUGCAGCCAUACGGUGCCCGCAGAUGAGUACUGCGCUGCCAAGGAGUUCGGGAACCGGCCUUGCAUGCCGUGCGACCCAGAGGUGUCCACGCGAGAGCGGACAGGCCUGGAGGUGUUGGAUGGCCAGCUCGAAACUAACAUGCCGGACAUCCCGGACCUCCACUUCAACGAAGGCGUCCCCGCGCUUCCUCCCACUCCUUCGAGCCCCUCGGGCGGAGGCGGCUCCAAGCCCGCUCUGACCACCCUCAACUCGCAUGCCAGCAUGUCUAGUCGUUCCUCCAACAAGUCCAUCCACCUGGACCGGAGUUCUACGCGGCAUAGUGUGUCAUUCCAGGAAGACCAAGUCUUGGCCUUAUUCCAGAAGUUUGAUGCCAACAGGGACAACUGUGUGAGCCAUGAGGAGUUGCGAUCUGUGCUACAGCAGCUAGCCGAUCCUUCGGACGUGCGGGGUGAGCGCUUCGAGGAGCUUCUGAAGCAAAUCGACACGGACGGCGAUGGCUUCAUCCAGCUGGAGGAAUUCAUGGCCUGGUGCUUCGCAAGCGGCGAUGCGUGGAAGCGGCUUCGAUGGACGUGCGAUUCGGUUGUGCACCUCGAAGUCUCCCGAAGAACUGCGGAGAAGUUGGCAGUGAGGAACAAGAAUAGACUUUCUCACUUCCACUGGCUCCAAGAACUUCUUGCCAUGGUUGUGGACGGCAAGAACAAGGCAAUGGCCACCUGCGUCGAGAGUCGCCGCCGUGGCACCCCGCUGUUUGCAGUGGCUGGUGUUUGCCCCAACAGCCUUUGUGGCAUGCAGGCGGUGAUGUACUGCAAGUUUGACAAAGACGUGGAUUUCUGGUGGAUAAAGCCGAAGGUCGACAAACCGGACCAAUUGGAGCGCAAUACCCUGGAUCUCCACAAGGAGGGCAAAUUUCGAAAUGCAACGGGAAAGUCGCGAGCUUUGUACCUGCCGUUGGCCGAGAAGUUUGCUGGAAGCAAAGAAGUGGUUGCCCUGCUAGUCCAGUCCUGUCACAUGGGUGUAGUAGGUCAUGCACGAAGCCACAUGAACGAAGAUCCAUGGUGCAAAAUACCGAAGUAUGCUGCAUUGAUGGCAAUGUGCCUCCUGCGUGACUGGUAUGAAGGUUCUUUCGAAUUCGGCAUGGACGACAAUGGCCGAGCUUUCAUCGAUGAGACAACUGCCACUGGCCGCUGCCGGAUGCUCCUCUACCUUGUGUGGCAGGAGAACUGGAGCAGCUUCUUCGCCUACAACAAGUUCAUCGAGGGGAAGCUCUUCUACCAGCGCGGACAGCCCUGGGAGUGCCCCGAGAGCCAGGCCAAGACCGCAGCACCUUUCUUUGCUCGUCAGUACCGCCUCGAAGGUGGCAGUCUUUCCAUCGCAGGGGUUGAGACCGAAGAGACAGUGCUCUCGCUGCUGCCGCCCGACGUCUGCCAGGAAAUGUUUUCCAUUUUGCAAUCGGCCAACCCAGUGCUGCCCGGAGAAGGCCCGGACCACGGCUGCUUAAUCAUGGAGGGUGCUGACUCCUGCACAUUGUCACCCAUCUGCCCGGGCAAGGCCCCAUUAACCCCCCGAGGUGUCUCUGAAGGCAAGCCCCAGCUCCCGGCAGCCGCUGCAAAGAAUGCGAGGAGUCAAAACAGCCGCGCCCAGCGGCGCCGCACCGCCACGGACUGCGCCACGCAGGAGGACCAGUGUCAUCCCAGGAAGAUCUUCAUAGGUGGUCUCGCGCACAAGACGACAACGCAACACCUCAGGGACUACUUCGUGAAGUACGGCGGGAUUGUGGAUGCCGUUGUUCUGCGCUGGCCUGAUGGGCGCUCUCGUGGCUUUGGCUACGUCACAUUCUCCGAGGUGCAAGGUGCCCAGGCGGCUCUGAAUGAUGCGCACCAGAUUGGGGGCCGACAAGUGGACGUCAAGAGGGCCGUGCCCGGCACGAACAAGCUCUUCGUCGGGGGCUUGCCGCAGAACACUGCUGCAGCUGAACUCCGAGAGCACUUCGAGGCAUUUGGAACCGUGUCUGACGCGGUGGUUAUGCAAUGCCGGCAGGUUUGGCAGAACGUUGACUGUGUCUAUGUACAGCGCAGCACUGGCGUGUGCAGAAUGAUUGGGGCAGACGAGGCUGCUGUGAUGCGAUACUAA